UCAUGAACCCCCGGAUAUUCACAUCAAGCGCAAGCGCUUAUAUAGAGGAUACCUUUGUAAAUCAUGAGUUUUUGAGAAUAAUACCCUUCAUCUAGCAAGCCAUUCAAUCUGCCAAUCACCCACGAAGCACCUCCUCACAAUGGCUCCAAUCACCACCCCCCUCACCACCCUCCUGGGUAUCCAGCACCCCAUCCUCCUCGCCGGCAUGGCGCGCACGUCGGGUGGGCCCCUAGCAGCUGCCGUAUCCAACGCCGGCGGCAUUGGCUGCAUCGGCGGUCUAGGCUACACCCCCGACCAGCUCCGCGAGAUCAUCCACGAGCUCAAGGAAAACCUCACCUCCAAAGACCUCCCCUUCGGCGUUGACCUCGCCCUCCCCAAGGUCGGCGACGGCGCGCGCAAGACCAACCACGAUUACACUCACGGCCAGCUGGACGAGCUGAUCACCGUCACGAUCGAGGAGGGCGCAAAGCUGUUCAUCAGCGCUGUCGGAAUUCCGCCGCCACAUGUGAUUAAGCGCCUCCACGAUGCCGGUAUCGUCAUCAUGAACAUGGUUGGCGCGCCGAAGCACGCAAAGUACGCUCUCGAUGCUGGCGUUGAUAUCGUAUGUGCUCAGGGAGGCGAGGGUGGCGGACACACGGGCAACAUCCCCAACUCGGUGUUGAUCCCGGCUGUUGUGGAUGUUGCGCGCCAGUACAGGCCGAAGCUUCUUAAGGGGCAGACGGCACUGGUUGUCGCUGCAGGUGGUAUCUACAAUGGACGUAGUUUAGCGGCGAGUUUGAUGCAGGGAGCUGCUGGUGUUUGGGUGGGAACGCGCUUCGUUGCGGCGACUGAGGCUGGAUGCAGUGAGCAACACAAGGAGGCCGUUGUAUCUGCUGGUUUUGAUGAUACCCUGAGGACUCUGGUGGUCAGUGGACGCCCGUUGAGAGUCAAGAUGAACGAUUAUAUUGCGAAGUGGGAGGCACAGCCCGAGAAGAUCAAGGAGCUGACGGAGAGUGGUGUUGUCCCCAUUCAGAAGGACUUCGAGGAUGGAGUGGAUAUCGAUAUUCCUUUCUUGAUGGGCCAGGUUUCCGGGGCGAUUAAUGAUAUUAAGCCGGCUGGAGACAUUGUAAAGGAGAUGGUGUCUGAGGCCGCAGACAUGUUGAAGCUGGGCGGGACAUAUCUCAACGGUGAUAAGCAGAGCAGGUUGUGAAGAGUGUCACAUAUGAGAGGAAUCGGUUCUUGCUACUGUUAGCAUGUCAACCAGGCAUGAGUACAGUAACGUAGGUCGUGGUGUAAUAGGGGGGGAGGUGUAAUGGGGGUAGUGGGGUUGGGUCCGCCCCAUCAAAACCACCACUACCAUCACUACUACCAUUGCCCAUAAUGGUUCAAAAAAGGAGUAUUAAGGCUCUAGAACGCGAAUAUUAGCUGUUAAAUCAAAUCAAUACAAGUCUAUUUAUGCAGCUACAAAAGCCCUGAAGGUGCCAGAGGAGACAUUGCGACGUCGCCUACAAGGGGGACACACGCUAAGUGGCUAUGCUCCUAGCCACCGGAUUCUAAGAGAGGUUGCA